AGUCACGGAACUAAUGACGCACUUACAGAGCCAGCCAAUCAUAAGAGGGCGUCGUGCCUGGACGUAAACCUUCCAAUAUGGCAGCUUUCCGGAUAGAGUACAGAGGCUGGAAAUAAAUCGGCUUUUAACGAAAAAAUAGCAUCUUAGACAUUCAGUUUGUUUUAUUACAAUGUGGCGGGGUUAGGGUCAACGUCUGCAGGCUCCACGGUUUUAAUAAUGUUAGCAGAGACCAGUCUUUCCAUAUGGGGAUGGGGAGGCCUUGGUGCUGUGCUUUUUCUUAUAACGUUUGGACCUUUUGCAAUAUUUUAUUUAGCAUUUUAUAUCCUGUGCUUCACUGGUGGCUGUUUUGCAGUUACUCUUUUAUUUGGAAAAACAAACUCCGAAAAACAUCUUGAAAAGUGUGAACACUCCUUUCUUCCUGCAACACAACCUGGCAUACACAAGACCUUGGAAGAAUUGAAACAAGAAAGUAGGCAAAUAAAAAUAGACCGAAGACUGACUGGUGCCAGCAUUAUUGAUGAACCCUUACAGCAGGUAAUUCAGUUUGCCCUAAGAGACUACAUCCAGUACUGGUAUUACACACUAAGUGAUGAUGAAUCUUUUCUUCUUGAAAUACGACAAACAGUACAAAAUGCCCUUGUCCAGUUUUCUACCAGGUCAAAAGAAGUAGACUGGCAGCCGUAUUUCACAACACGAUUAGUAGAUGACUUUGCAACUCAUCUUCGGGUUUUUAGAAAAGCUCAAGAAAGGAUGACAGAAAAGGAUGAUCAAAAACUCAAGGAUGAACCAGAGGAGCUUUUGGAAUCCUUCUUUGAAGCUGAAGUAGAAAUGGAGAGAAAAAUCUGUCGUGAUCUUGUCUGCACUUCAACCAGAGAUGAAGAAGGAUUUUUACGGGAUCUGUGUGAGGUUUUACUGUACUUAUUACUACCUCCUGGAGACUUCCAUAACAAGAACAUGAGAUACUUUGUGAGGGAAAUCCUUGCAAGGGGAAUUCUUCUUCCACUGAUUAACCAGCUCAGUGAUCCAGACUAUAUUAAUCAGUAUGUUAUAUGGAUGAUUCAUGAUUCUAGCUGUAAUUAUGAAGCCUUUAUGAACAUUCUCAAACUAAGCGACAAAGUGGGAGAGCUGGAAGCUGUAAAAGAUAAAGCUGUGGAAGAGCUACAGUUUCUUCGCUCCUUAGACACUGCAGGAGAUGAUAUCAAUGUGAUUAAGAAUCAAAUAAACAGCCUACUAUUUGUGAAGAAAAUCUGUGACACAAGGAUACAGAGGUUGCAGUCAGGAAAGGAAGUGGAUACCUUGAAACUUGUAGCCAACUUUGGAAAGCUUUGCAUAAUUCCUCUGGAACACAUAUUGGUACACAACAUUGCACUUCAGUUUUUCAUGGAUUACAUGCAGCAGAAGGGAGGGCAGGCAGACCUUUUCUUCUGGCUCACAGUGGAAGGGUAUCGAGUCACAGCACAGCAGCAGCUGGAAGUUUUACAGAACUGGCAGAAGGAUGGGAAAAAGCAGACCAACCAGACCAAAGGCUUGUUGAAAGCUGCUGCACUCGGGGUUUAUGAACAGUAUCUGUCAGAAAAGGCAUCCCCUCGAGUUCAGGCUGACGAAUCCUUAGUUGAAAGACUGGCAGAAAAGCUAAAAAAUGAAGACCCAACACCUGAAAUAUUUGAUGAUAUCCAAAGAAAGGUGUAUGACAUGAUGCUGCGGGAUGAGCGGUUCUACCCGUCUUUCAGACAGCACCCUCUUUAUGUGCGGAUGUUGGCUGAGCUUGACAUGUUGAAAGAACCAAGUUUCAGAGGGUCGGAUGAUGGAGAUGGAGAAUCAUUUAAUGGUUCUCCAACAGGAAGCAUUAAUUUGUCCCUAGAUGACCUCUCCAAUGCUAGUUCUGAUGAAUCAAUGCAACUGCAUGCAUUCAUUUCUGAUACUGGAGUGUGCAAUGACCAUGGGAAGACGUAUGCAUUGUAUGCAAUCACUGUGUUUCGGAAGAAUCCAGACGGCAGCGAGGACACCUGGAAAACCUAUCGUCGUUACAGCGACUUCCAUGACUUUCAUAUGCGCCUCACGGAGCAGUUUGAAAACCUUACAAGUAUUUUAAAGCUCCCUGGGAAGAAGACCUUCAACAACAUGGACAAGGAUUUCUUAGAAAAGAGGAAAAAAGACCUGAAUGCCUACAUACAGUUAUUGCUGAAUCCUGAAAUGAUGAAAGCUUAUGCCCCUCUGGCUCUCUAUCUUUGCGAUUUUCUGGAAAACAAAGCUUACAAUAAAGGGAAAAGGGACUUUGCACGUAAGAUGGAUACCUUUGUAAACCCACUACGCAAUUCCAUGAGAAAUGUCUCCAAUGCUGUCAAGGCCAUUCCUGAUAGUCUGGCAGAAGGAAUGACGAAAGUGUCGGACAACAUGGGAAAAAUGUCUGAAAAACUGGGGCAGGAUUUAAAACAGUCAAUAUUUAAGGUUCCUCCAUUGAUUCAGAAGUCUGAUAUAGACCCUGAACACUGCCGUGUCUCCGCACAGCUGGAUGAUAAUGUGGAUGACAAUAUUCCACUCAGGGUCAUGCUGCUUUUAAUGGACGAAGUCUUUGAUCUGAAAGAAAGAAACCAGUGGUUGAGACGGAAUAUUAAAAACUUACUGCAGCAGCUCAUUCGAGCAACAUAUGGAGACACAAUAAACAGAAAAAUUGUAGAUCAUGUGGACCUCAUGACCUCCCCUGAACAAGUUGCAGACCAUGUGAAACAUUUCAGAGAUGCCUUUUGGCCCAAUGGUAUUUUAGCAGAAACGCCACCCCGCAGGGAUAAACCAAUCCGAAUGAGAACGAGAGUGGCUGCCAAGACUAACUUGCUAGGAAUAAUGCCAGAUGAGCUGAAGCACAUCAUUGGUGCUGAUACAACACGGAAGGGAAUAUUACGGGUGUUUGAGAUGUUCCAGCACAACCAGUUAAACCGGAGGCUUGUUUAUGUUUUUAUAGAGGGAUUCCUCGAAACCUUGUUUCCUCAAUAUAAAUUCCCUGAGCUCUUUAUCAAACUGCAUUCAAGAUCUGAACGGAUGGAAAAAUAUUCACAGAAAUUAAAGACUUCCCAGGUUCCCUCCUUACAAAAGAGGUGACAUCCCAAACCAGCAAGCUGUGCCAUUAUGACACUGUAAUGAAUGUGAGCAGAACUAAUCCACACUUGGGCAAGUUUUCUGGGGGUUCAAAAUGUACAUCUUAGGACAAAGAUGUUCCCAAGAACUGCAGUUUCAUCCCACCUACAUUCUUACUCAACCACUAUCUUAGCGUGAUUAUGGCACAGGUCAUUUGUUUUUUAAUUGUGCAACUUGAAAGAGGAACACUUAUUCAACAGUGUAAGAGGUGUAGAAGUGCAAUAUCGUUGCUUUCUCUGAGGCUGAUAACAUCUCGCAACCAUGGAAAGAUGUCAUUGGAAACUUGUGGAGAUGCCCACAAUGAAAAUUUGCAAAAGGAUUUGGCUGUAUAGCAAGGUUAAGCACAAAAUGUGAUGAUCUGAGCUAGAGUUCAUGUGAAGUGAAAUGGGCAUGAACACUAAUCUAGAACCCAAAAUCACUGGUAAGGGGUAGUAAACUGUUUGCAGAGUUUGCGUUAGGGAUGCCACGAUUAGGAUUUUCCCAAACCAAAACUGACAUUUGCAUAAAAUUCCAAACCGAACGAUACAGACAAAAGAGAAAACUAAACCGAAACCUAAUAUUUUUGUGUGCAAUAAGUAAGCGUUGGGAGUUUCAGCACUAAGCCAGCAGGCAUUUUUGGGAGCGCAUCAGACACUUUGCUGAUUAUAGAUGGUUCAUAUUAACAUACCUUCAUUUUAAUAUGGUAACAUAAAUUAAAAGUUGACAAGACUUGCCUGAUUUGAUUCAGCUGUCAAUAGGGAUAACUGCAGCUUGUUAAAUUACUCUGUGUAGACCUAAUAACACAUGUAAUAAUGAUGUUAAACUGACUAAAACAGCCAAAUGCAAAAGUACUGAAAGAAAAUGCAUGUAUUGUUGCUGCAUUCUAUCUACAUAUUGAUUGAAUUCAAGUGUAAGGGCCUUACAUGUAGAGUCAAAUCUAUGAUCACAUGAGCUGCAGUACUACUCUGAUGUGAUUUGCAUAUGAUUUGCCACUUCCAACCAACUGAGGCAACAAUGGGGGUACCAGCAAAAUAAUAAAUGAAAUGGUUUAAUGUCUAUUAAUACAUACUUUUAUUAUUUCGACGUUGUCAGAUUGUAUAAUACAUUGAUAUGAGUGAUGCAAUAACACUGUAUUGAGCUUAUUUGUCACAGUUAAAAAAAAAAAAAAAAAAAAAAGUGUAAUAAUGGUAUGUCCAGUUCAUUUAGCUGCACAAAUCCAUUUCAGUUUUAAACUUUAAUUUUGAUUUUACCGAGAACCAGUUGGAUGUCAAAAACAGCUGAAAGAGUUGAGAGAAAAACGUAACCCAUUAUAGCUGGCUUUUAUUUAGUUAUGGGCCAAGAAAUCUGGGUUUUGCAACACUUUCUAAUGCUGCUUCUAAAAGAAAGUACAGGUAGACUUGCAUUCACUUCUAUUGAUGAUUAUUAAUGUAGUUGCUAAUAGGUAGGUGUAACGCACAUUUCUCAAAGAUAGCAAAACACUGUCUCCACAUGAGCUGAAUAAUUUUUAAUAUAUUUUAAAACAUUUCUUAUAUUGAGAAAAUAUUGUGCCCUUUGUAGUAUCUGCUUUUACCUUCCGACAUCUAUUAAUUAGAAGAUACAGUCUUAACCAAAUUAAACUCAUAUACAAAAAACAGAGCUUUGUGAUAUUAUUUGUAGUCCCAGGAUCCUGAUUGGCAGACACACAAGAAGUCUGAUUAUGGGUGUGUGUGAAGACAUUGGACAUUGUGCUCUUGGUACUUUUAGUAGAUGCUGCAGAUUUCUCACUGAAAAGAUGACCAUCUGCUUGUGUAAACUUACUUUGCUUUUUUUUUUUUUAAAUUGUAUUAAAUGCCUAGUUUUGAAUUAUCGUAAAGCAGGUCAGAUCACUGACUUCCCCAAAGAAGACUGUAAAAAGUCUAUGAAUCUUUCUAAUGGACACAAGUGAGACUCAUGUAGAAGCAUAUUAAAGUAUGCAAUAAAGAAUGUAACUCUAUUUCUAAUGUAAAAUGUUUGUUUGUAUUGUUUUUUUUUUAAAUCGGUUUAAUCAUGUAUUGUGUUAGGCUUCAAGAUGUGAUUGUAGGAUAACUGUGCACUUAAAUGCAGGAAGUAUUCUGUUUAGUCCAACAACUGUGCCAUUGUAUUAAGCAUAUAGUUUCAGCCUUAAGCCUUAACAAGGUCGUAGCAUCCCUAACAAGCCCACUACAGUUACAGAAAACAUUUAUUUAAAAAAUAAAAAAAUCCCCAUCUAAGCAUAGUUUAUUUCUAAAACAUAUUUUAUUGUGUGCAAUAUUUCUUUAAUGCAUGUGUAUUUGAAUAAUUGUAUAUUGAAAUUUUAAUGUUUUGAAAUGUAAAAAUAAGUCUUCUCAACCCAACAACUUACAUUCCGUUGUCUUACUACAGUAGUUUAUUUAAGGACUUGUUUUAUAAGUCUCGAUUUUCACUCCAUGUUAAGUUCACUUAUUAACGGUGAACCUUGUUUGUAAGCAUGGCUUAUAUAUACAACAGGGGCAAUCUAAGAGCACAUUGCAAAAUAUCUAUGUAUAAAUCUAUAGCAUAUAUAGUGAAAGGUUCUGCAUCAGAGAGAAAUGACAUUGUAUCUGCUGCACAUGUAAGUUAUUGCAGAACAUAAACAUAUAGUCUGUCCAUAAAUGUUGGCAUGAUAGUUUCCUUUGAUGCAGGACCGUAUUAACUCUGUAUUUAUACAUCUGUUGUAAUGAAUUGUCCGUAUUAUUGUACAGGAAGUGUCAACAGUGUGCCUAAUUGUACUAUUUCCUUAUUUGCUUUAAAGAACAAAGUGUGAAUCGGAAUGUCUUUUUUUUUUUUUUUUUUUAACAGACUGAAAAGGACUCAAAUGUUAGUGUGUGUGCAUUAUGCUAUUCAAAUGUUCAAUAGAGCAGCUGGAAACAAUAUUACACUAAUAAAAUGUUAACUCAAAGUAAUCUUAACAUUUGUUUUUGGUGUGGUUUAAUAUUUUAUACCAUGCUUAAUUAAAUGUGAUGAGCAACUGGUAAGUUUUUAAAUGUUGCCAUUUAAAAUGUAGCCAACAUGUGCUACAAGAGGGCAGUGAUCAGUAUAACUAAACUGCUGGGCAUUGAUAGCAGCACUCACUACCUGUGCCUUCCUCUGUGAAGAAACAUUGAAACCACUUCUGACUAAUCAUUUAAGUAUGUCUCCUAAAAAACAUGAGAAGCAUUACGUUUUUAAAGAAUCCAUGUUCAAUUAGAUCUUCAGGAGUGUCUGCUGACACCAGGAACUUCUGGAUAAGUUGGACUUCAUGAAUCAAGCUGUAAUUGUUAGUUACAGUAAGUUAAACAGCUCCCCUGCUUUGUUGUUAGUUUCUAUGUUCAUAUUGACUUUUUACAUAUUAUUAGCCCCUGUUGUGCUUGUUUAAAUGUAUUAAAGCAGCAGAAACUGA